GAGCGGCGUUCAUUCGAAUUUCGCGGUUUGUUUGUCGUACUUGCCACUUGGUCUUUUGGCUCUGGAGAAAACGAAAACGUAAACGAAUCUGAAUCCGAAUUCAAUUCAAUUCCGCACUCAAUUCAGUUUCAGUUCAGUUUCGCUUCCAAGUCCAACUAUAAAAGUGCGCUUUAGUCUCUGUCAAACGACGAUAUAAUUGCAAAUUGCUGUGGAAAACGUUGAAUUUUUCAUGAGCUCAAGCUAACUGUCUCUCGCAUCGCGUGUGAAAAGUUACUUACAAUUGCCAAUAACAACGGUUAAUGUUAAUUUCCAAACAAUUAUAAAAAAGGUAAUUUCGAUUGUCUGGCUUACGCAAGGCCAACUACAAUUACCAACACAACAAAAACCAAGUUAAAACAACAACAACAACAAACAACACAGAAAUCCCAAUUUGGAUUUAUUAAUAGCGCAGAAUAAAUAAUAAAAAAGCGCCCCACAACCAACCGUUGCUGUAAAUAACACAACAAAUUGCCAUCAGCAGCAGCCAAUAUGUCGAUCGCCAGUGUUCACGGUCCCCAAAUCGCCGACAUCUGCAGCCCCUUGUCGCAUCACAAUCUGGGCCUGUCUGCCUCGCUGCCGGAUCUGGUGGGAAGCCCCCUGGAGAUAAACAUGGACAAUGUGCUGACCAUCGAGGAGCUGCGCCAGCACAUGGGCUCCUGCUUCACCUGCGGCGUAUCCUGGACGGACGACCAUGUGUCGCUCGACUGCAGUGAGUGCGGUGGCUACAGCCUGGAGCGUCCCUGCCCCCUCUGUGACGGCCAGUGCGGUGUUCAGUGGAAGCGUGACUUUGCCAUGUCCCAUGCCUGCAGUCAAGCUCGCUGGGUGGGCGUGUGCAUCAGUUAUCCGGAAGUCGUGUCUGGAGUCCAGUUGCCCGUUGGAGGAGCCGCUGGAGCCGCCACCUCGUGUGCUGCCGCAGCUGCGAAUCAAUUGCGCCUGGCCCAGGAGCUGUGCUCCCGCCUGGAACAGCUGUCGACGUCAACGGCGAGCAAAAGCGGACGCAUUUAGAUCGUCGACUGCCGCGUCACAGUUCCUUUGACAGCCAGACUGCAAAAACACGCCUCCACAUGCACAGUCACACCCCCGCACAGCCACUCAUCCGGAUAGCAGAUAGCAGAUCCACAUAAAAACACACUGUCUCACCCGUAAUUUAGGGCCUAAUUGCUAAGCUUUUUAGUUGUUAGUUUUUAUUGUUGUGUCGCGUUGAGUCUCUUUUUUUGCACAAUUCCCUUUCGUUGUAUGAUUUCAUCAUCGGCUUCGUUUUCGUUUCGUUCGCACAGAUGUUUUAGCUGCUAAGUUAGUUCCUUUGUUUACCUUUAAAUGGCACACCACACACCACACCUGUUCUAUCCGGGUAAAUACUUCUUUCUGCUUAGACUUAAGCCGAGUUUAGGCAUUGCAGUGAUAACGGUGAUAUUAGCCAGAAAGAAUCGUGAAUCGUGAACAAAUAGUGAAUUUAUAAUGAUAAUGGUAGCAAAUGUCUAACGGUAGCUACUAAAGCAUUCGACACUUAACAGCCCCUGUUGUAAUCGUGUAGAGAUUGUUGUUAACAAUUAGUUAGUCAGUUGUUGUUGCUUUUUGCCUUGUGUCAAAGCUUGCUGGUAGCGAGGAGAUCCGUAAAACCGGAGGGCUCAGUGAGCGUACUAAGAAUCUUCCAUAAUGUGCAUAAUGCUCAACAAAGUAACUACAGGAUUGAACAGUCUCUCUCACCGAGGGGAAAGCGAAAGCGCAAGAAAACCAAACGAAGGAAAAUAAGAGUAUAUAUUUAAGCAAACGCACAAGGAAACAAUUGAAAAGCAUUACUCAAAAAGUUGAAGAUUUUCUGUGAAAAUCCAUAUGACAAGUAGACAAGUUUAUACCUAUUAUAUACACCUAUAUAUUAUAUUAUAUACCAUAUAAAUCUGCAUACAAUAUACAUACAUAUAUAUAUAUUUUUAAUGUAGAGAUAUGUUUUGUAAAAGACAAAGGCAUAUUUUUAAAAUUAAAUACUUAAACUAUGCAAAAAUCAAA